AUGUCAGUUAUUCGUGAGAGACAUCCACUCACUUCUCUUAAUCAGCUUCAAAAUCUGUUUGGAAAGACUAAACCUUAAGAGACUUCUUAAAAUAUAUGUCCAGAGAAGCCUCGUGGUGCCAGUAAACCUAAAUAAAAAACUGAAUGUUCUAGGAGAGAAAUUUCCAAUAUUUAGAAGAGUUAGUACACAUUACAAUCCCAAAAAUUAUAUACUAGUCAUUUAGAUAACAUUAAAUCAUCAAGAGCUUUUAAUGUAAAGAGCUAAGAUCUUUUACUCUCACCUGAAAGAUAAGAUUCACUUUAAUAGGAGAAUAAAGUACUUGAUAAUCAAAUUGAUAAAAAAAGAAUCCUUAAAUAAUCUGUUGAACAUUCAAAUGAUCCUAAUCUUAAACUUAUAAACUCAGAGGAACCAUCUAAAAAGAUUGAAUAAUCAUAAACUAUCUAACUCAAAAAUCUUAUUUAAGCUAAGUAAUUGAGAGACACGAAUAAUGAAAAUUUUGAAAAGCAAAAGAACUCCAGAAGAGAAAAACAUGUUGCUUAAAUUUUAUAUGAUGAUAGUAAAAAUAGAAAUCAAAAAAACUAAUAGAACAGUUAAAGCUCUGCUACAAAUGAAACUAAAUUAUCAGAAAUCACUCAACAAUGGUUUAUCUAAAGAUUUAUUAAGGACUUCUAUUUCUUCCUUAGUAAUACUGAAAGUGUCAAAAUUAGUUGGGAUUACUCUAAAAUUUAUGAAAAUGAUUUUCAAUAAAUUCUUUUAGGACUAGGAUUUGGUGAAAGUAAAGAAUUAUGGAACGAUUUUACUAAUGGCUCAUUUAUUCUUUCCAGAAAUAUGCUUAUCAUCUUACUUGCUAUUCUAAAUGUACCUGUUUAGUAGAUACCUCUUUACAUACCUAAAGAUAAUGAACAAGUUUCUUUAGCAUCGCAUUAUAAAAAUGAUUAAAAUGGCAAUCUUAUAUUAUCACCCUAAGAUUGUGUUGAUAUACACAACAAAUACAAACAACUUUAUUUGAACACAAAAUAAAUUCAUGGAAAUGGUUAAAGAAGAAAUAUUGAAAAAUCUAAAUCACCUCCAUAAGUUAUCAAUUUAUUAAGUAAUAGAUCACGCGAUAUGGCAAACAAGAAGAAGAACAAUCUUAAUAUUAAUGAAUGGUUUGCUCAAUAAGAAUAAAAAAAAAAGGACAAUAUUGAUAAAUUGAAAAAUCAAUUAGAACAAUAUGAAGACACUAAAGACAUUAAAUCAACUAUCAAACCUGUUGCAAUUGAUUUAACUUAAUUAAGCAAACCAAUCAAAAAAUAAUAGGAUAAAUCAACUAUUGAUCUUGAAUUUGAAAAUCAAUAGUAAUUUUGUACUUUUUCUCCACAAAUUAAUCCUAUGAAAAAUUUUCCUAAUUCAACUGCCUCUACUUAAUAUGACAUUGAUUAAUAAGCAAAAAGAUUAAGAGAGGCUAGAGUAAGAUAAAAAACACUCGAAAAAUUGAAAAGCACUGGAAAUACCACAAAUAAUGAAAGUAGAACAUAGAUUAAAUAAUAAACAGAAUAAUCAAUGAGUUUAGAACCAAAAUGUAAAAAAAUUAAAAGUAAACCUAUUUUUCUAAAUUUUCCUAUUUUGUAUAUAGAUGUAAAAGUAGAUGAUGCAAAAACUGUAAGAUUACCAGUAUUUAAUGGAGAUAACUCUGAAAGUUUAGCUACCAAAUUUGCACUAGAUCAUAGUAAAUUUUUUAUAAAUAAAUUUAAGAUUUAGACAAUUCUUUAGAAGAAAGACUUAAAGACUUACUAGAAGAGUAAAUAAAUUCUGUCUAAGAAUAAUAGUUAUGA